CGAACACAUUUACAGUUAGUGCUGAAGCUGGGGAGGUGCACUCCUGACCUGAAGUGGUUCGGGUAUGGACUCCAGCACCGCUGCUCAUUCAUGGUACUUGGGCCGCAACUUGGAGGGUUUUCUGGUGUACCUCCAGCGCUCGGAGGAACACAAGAUUUUCCAAAAUUUCCUUGACAAGAUCCUCCCAGAUGAAUUUGCAAGAAUUGGAGAAGGCAAAUCUGAUUUGAAUUUCCUCAGUAUUGGAAGUGGAGGAGGUGAAAUGGAUGUCCAUAUGAUCGCAAUUCUGCAGUCCAAACUCAAGCAAGGAACUAACAUCAGUGUUGAUGUCGCUGAGCCCAGCGAAAGUUUAAUAGACAAUUUUAAAGCUCUGGUGGCCAAAUCACCCAACCUUCAGAAGAUCCAAUUUAGCUGGAAUACCCUGAGCAGUGAAAAAUAUGAGGAGAAGCUCAAAAACAGUAAAGAAACGAAGAAGUUUGAUUUUAUUCACAUGAUUCAGGUGCUAAACCAUGUGACAGACUGCCUGGAGACCAUCAAGUUCUUCCACAGCCUUCUGGCAGAGAGAGGCAAACUUCUUAUCAUCCAUGGAGCAGUUAACAACGGCUUUCACAUUCUCUGGAAGACCUUCCAACAAGAACUCUGCAAAAAAUCAAUCUCAGAGUAUUUUUCUGCUAGAGAUGUCAAAUGCCACCUUGAAAAACUUGGUUUGAAAUAUGAAGAACACAUCAUCAACAACACAUUAGACAUCACUGAGUGCUUCAUUGAAGAGGACAAGACAGGCGAGGUUCUUCUGGACUUCUUAACAGACCUGGAUCAUUUCCACCAGUCCCUAACAGCCGACCUUAGAGCCAAUAUACUGAAUGUGCUGCGUAAUAAGUGCAGCACAGAAAAAAAUGGAAGAAUACUUUUUGAUAGCUCUGUGAGUGCCUUCCUUGUCUAUGCAUGAAGCAACAACAUAAAAUGAAACGGAGGUGUCUUUGGACCCCAUAAAAUUAUGAUUCUACUGUAUUGUUGUACAAACAAUGACAGACAAACCCAUAAACCUGUAUGCCACUGUGCUGUGUACGGGGCCACAUCUGUUCAGUUAGGUAGCUUCAAAAUUCCACUUGCCUGCCUCAUGCCUUUCCAUCAUUGAAUUUCAUGAUUUUAUAGAGCAUUUUAUGGCUUAGAAAGAAAAGAGCAGCAUUAUUCUCGGGAACUUGAAUAUGAUGCUACUCAUAGUAAUGCAACCAUCUAAGAUCCUUUGUAACUGUGCUAGAAUUGGGCCCUCAUUUGAGAAUGUCGAUGUUACACUCGCAGAAGCAUGCAUUUCCUCUCUAUGAAGAUCCUGGACAUGUUCACCUCUCCUUACCAGUCUGUACCAGGUGUUCUUUGGUGCUACACCUGUACUUCAGUUCUGCCUGUUCACUAAGCUUGUA